UUUACACUCUGCCGCUAAUGUUCUGUUCUGAAAAAAAACCCUUGUUCCUGAAAAUUGAAAAAGUGUAUUGUUAGAAAAUGGGGAAGAAAUCGAAAAGUUCAAGGAAGGGGAAGAAAGCAUGGAGAGCUAACAUAAGCACAGAAGAAAUCGAAGAUUUCUUUGAGAAAUCAACAAAGGAUGCUCUUUCUGGUGGUUCUCUUCAAGCUGUUUCAAGUGAUUCUCUCUUUUUCGAAGACAAAUCAAAAGAUCUUGCGGUAAAGAAGAAGAUUGAAAAACAUAGAGAAAAAGUGCUUCAUGUUGAUAGCAUACUACAGAAAAACCAGUUUGUUAAGCCAGUGCCUUCUUCCACUCUAAAGAAACAUGCGAAAAACCGUAAAGUGGUGUCCAAAAGUUUAGUUGCCAAUGAAAAUAGUCACAAGGAGGGUUCUGUGUUAGAUUCGGACGUGUUUGAUAUGUGGGGUGAUAAAGACGCAGAUGAAGGCAACAAGAAAGUGAAAAAGUUGUCCAAGCCUACUCAUAUUCCAGCUGUCGAGGUUGAUCCUCCAGGAUGCUCAUUUAAUCCCACACAUGAAAGUCAUCAGGAUACACUAGCUACUGCUGUUGCGGAAGAAAUGAUUAAAGUCUACAGAAAUGAAUUGGGCCCUGAACCAGUGCCUUUAACUGUUCCUGCUGGAGAAGCUAUUUCUGAAGAAGAUAUGUAUUUUCUUGAUGUGGAGAAGAGUGACGAUGAUGAAAGUAAUCACGAAGAUGAUGGUGAAAAUGAAGAUGAUGCGUCAGAGAAAAAGCCCAUUAAAACAAAGAAAGUGACUAGAGUUGAGUUGAAUAAGAGAAUUCGGCGCAGAGAACAAUUGAAAAAAGAAGCCGAAUCAAAAAAGAAGAAGAAUUUCUCAAAAGAAAUUGAUAGCAUCUCAAAAAUUGCUGAAGAAAUUAAGCAUGAAGAUGAGGAACAAUCGAGAAGACAUCUGAGGCGACAAGUUGCUAAACAAGAGAGGUUAAAGGCAUGUCCUCCUCGCUUAGGAAAGCACAAGUUUCAGCCUGCUCCUGUUCAAGUUUUAUUAAGCGAAGAGAUAAAUGGAUCCAUCCGAAAGCUUAAGGGUUGUUGCACACUUCUAAAAGAUCGGUAUAAAAGCAUAGAGAAGAGAGGGUUGGUUGUUCCAAAACCCAGGAGGAACAGGUAGAGUCCUCUUCCUUGUUUUCUUCCCUAACUUAAGUCGCUCCACAUUCAUGGCUCGAUAUGUGGCAAGAAGACAUGUGAUGGAUGAAUGACUACACCAACUUCUUUAAAUGAAAUUUUGUUUGUCUUGUCUUGUUUUGUCUCAAAUUUUUACGAUUUUCAAGUUGUAAGAAUAUUAUGUUCUUUUUAUACAUAUGAUGGAUGCCUCACUUAUUUCUGCAUUGCUAUUUUCACCGAGAAUUAGAAGCUGUGUUCUCAUAGUGACAUGAUUAACAAAGAUCCUGGAGAAUUGGUUUACCUGUGUACUUCGAGGGUACGAAAUAGAAAAGUUGAAGUUAUUAUAGAAUAAGAUUUGGAUUGGAGGUUCAUCACACUAUUUUCCUAGUUCACAAUGUAGUGAAACUUAAUUGAA